GCAAGCGAGACGGAUGCACGUCGAGCUGCGUCUAGGUUUAUAAUUUUAUACACUCGUCGGAAAGCGUUUUACUAUCAAAUUUUACUGAAAACUGGCGCUAAAUAGUGAUUCGAAUCUCGCGUCUGUGCAUCCCUUCCAGUGCAAACGGUGUGUUGUGAACAGCAAUCUAUUGCACGCAGCAGUGUUUCUUCCUGAAAACGAGCUAAAUAGAGUGUAAAUGUACGCAAAAGUUUGAUUCUGGUUGUAAUUAAACGUUACUUUCAUUCAUGAUAGGGCAUUCAAAAAUCGAAGUGUGCCAAGAGUUGUUGCGCCCGGUGUGUUGUCGAAUGUUAUGAUGCGGCGGCGUUGUGAAAAGCGUCUCAUGCGCAACGAAUGAUGCAGCGCGUGAGGGUGAACUAGAAUAAGGGUGAGAAGAGGGUGUGGUGAAUACCUGCUCGGUACGGUUGGCUAGAACAUCCUCGACGGCGAGCGGAGGAAGCAAGAAUUCAGGUUGAGAAAAUUCAGAAUCAAAAAGAAAGUGUAUUUCAGUGAGUUUUGUUGUAAUUCCUGUAGAGCAUGUGUGUAUCGUGAGCCAACAAGUGUUUGGCAAAAGUAAGAGAAAUAAAUAAUUCAACUCAUCAGUUCAGUGCAUUUGUACGUGUGUGAAUAUAUUAUAUGUCCGUGUCUAUGCGUGUUGUGUGUGCGUGUUAAUUUGAAAUUAGUGCAACAUGAAGCACUUCGGCGGUGCAGCUUCCAUGCAGCAUCUUGCCGGAAGUGGCUGUAACAACAGUGCAACCUUAUGCGCCCCAUCAUCAUCGUCGCCUAGCAACGCAGACAGCAACGGCAGAUGCAGCAGCAACAACAGAUGCAGACGACAUCGUAGUAGCAUUAGCGGCAUGGCACGCUGGAAUCUAAUCGUAUGCAUGGCGACGCUGUUUUCGCUAAUGUUUACAAAAUGUUAUGCCAGCCAAGCGCUCGAGUUUACGGUGGAACCCUCCGAUGUGACCGUACCGGAAGGUAACUCGGUUAUGCUGCAGUGUGCCGGCAGUGCGGACAGGAAAGUGCUGCAGGACGGCAAAACGGCACCCAACAUACGGUGGCGUGGUCCGGACGGGCAGGACAUCGGAAUCGUGGGCGACACGUUCCGGUCGCAGCUGACCAACGGUUCGCUGUACAUUAGCUCGGUGGAAAGCAACCGUGGACUGACCGGCUUUUAUCACUGUCUGCUCAGUGUGGACGGUAUCGGUACGAUCGUUAGCAGAUCGGCACGUGUCUCGAUUGCAGAUCUACCGGACAUAAACCAGGAAUCGCACGAAAUCUAUCUGUACGCCGGCCAAACGGCAUACUUCAAGUGCAUGUCCAGCUUGCUGCCUUACAGCGUCGAAUCGCGCUACCACACCGAAUGGCUAAAGGACGAUCUACCUCUGCGCAUGGAUUUGACGCGCAUGCUGUUGCUUCCGUCGGGUGCGCUAGAAAUCGAUGAAGUUGUGCCGGCGGACCGUGGAACCUACCAGUGUAACGUGACCGCGGGCACCUUCUCGCGGUUAAGCAGCAAAUCGAACCUCAACAUUAAGUCUACGGCCGGUCAGCCGCAAAGCUUCGCACCACCGGCGUUCGUGAUCGUGCCUCAACCGCAGACGGUACGCGAGGGAGACACCGUCAUACUGAACUGUGUGGCAAACGGCAACCCGAAGCCAACGAUUCGAUGGCUGCGGAACGGGGAGGACAUCGACAUGAACGACCUAGACUCGAGGUUCCGCAUCAUGGGUACGGGAUCGUUGCAGAUCAACUCGAUUCAGGAUACGGAUGCGGGUGACUAUCAGUGCCGGGCGAGCAAUACCGAGGACUCGCUGGAUGCUUCUGCGACGGUGCAGGUGCAAGUGCCACCGAAGUUCAUCCUCAGUCCAGACGAUAAAGUUGCGUACGAGAAGGAAGAGCUGGAGCUAGCUUGCUCCAUUCACGGCAAACCGACGCCCGUCAUCCAAUGGUUGAAGAAUGGAGACUUGAUAACACCGAGCGAGUACAUGCAGAUUGUCGGAGGACACAACUUGAAAAUUUUCGGACUGAUCGGUUCGGACGCAGGGAUGUUCCAGUGCAUCGGGACGAACCCGGCCGGAAGUGUGCAGGCGGCAGCACGUCUGGAAAUAAUCGAACCAGGACUUCCGAAACGACACAAGGGCAAAAAGUUUCAGCAGACGCAAUCGAAAACGAAAUCGUACGAAAAAUCACCACUGCUGCUGCAGUCUGACCCGAAACUCUCGAAGUCGGUACUGGAUAGCUUGGUGUCGCGGACGAAGGAACGACCGAACGUUAGCCGGCAUCAGUUCCAGUACAACGAGUACACCGACGAUGACUAUGCCGAUCACGACCGCAUGCUUGACAGUGACCAUGAGGAUGACGACGACGACGAAGACGAUGACGAGGAGGAUGGUAAAAUCUAUCCGCUACGACCUAAUGAGGACCCGAACCAACUGUACCAAUCGUUGACCGGUUCCAAGUCUCGGGAGGAUGGUGAGGUUGGCCAUUUCUCUAAUCAGAAGUCUCCCAUUAACGCUGUCACGCGGAAAUACUCGAAAUCGUACGUAGAUGGAGGUGGAAAGCUGGCAGCACCCUUGCCAGGACCGCCGCGCGCCCUCCAGGCCCAGAUAGUGCAGUCGCGCUUCAUCACGCUGAACUGGCUGGAACCGGCGAAGAAUCCCGAUGAAGUUAUCUCCUACUCGGUGUACUACCGGAUGCAUACGAGCGAUAGAGAACGCAAGAUGACGACGAAUUCGCGGGACGAGCAGGAAAUCAAUAUUCAAUCGUUGCAGCCGGGCAAAAACUAUCACUUCCGCGUGGUAGGAAACAGCAAUCACGGUCCGGGCGAAUCGUCAGAAACGCUCGAGGUGCGAACCUUGUCCGAGGAAAACAUUGCCGGUGCACCACAAAACCUGCGUGGAUACGCCAUCACUGAGAAGGAUAUCCACCUGCAGUGGGAUCCACCGGUCGUGACGAAUGGGCUGAUCACGAAGUAUCGCGUGUACUAUGCUGAGACAGACAACGGGGCAGAGAUGUACUCCGACACGACCACCACCGAGGUUAUCAUCAACGAGCUGCGUCCAUACACGAAGUACACCAUGUACGUGGUUCCCUUCAAUCAGGCCGGCAUGGGCGAUCCGUCACACGAGAUAGACGUCAAAACGUACUCAUCAACUCCAUCAGAACCGCCGGCAAAUGUGACGCUGGAACAGACUAGCUCCACCGUAGCAAUCCGUUGGGAACCGCCAGCGUUGGAAGAUCGUAACGGGCAGAUAACUGGGUACAAAAUCAAGUACCGCAAGAACAAAAAGCCACUGCAGGUGGAGACUACUCCGGCCAAUGUGCGAUACUACAUACUGAAGGAUCUGGACAAGAUGUCGGCGUAUCAGGUGAAGAUUGCAGCGAUGACGGUGAACGGAACGGGGCCAUUUACCGAGUGGCAUCACACGGAAACGUACGCGAACGAUCUGGAUGAAUCGCAAGUUCCAGGACAACCUGCCUGGAUAAAGACCCGACCUGGAGCGGACAAUAUCACGGUCAUGUGGGGACCACCGGUGCAUCAAGAAAUUAAAGUUCGCAGCUACAUCCUCGGCUGGGGCAAAGGAAUUCCGGACGAAGAUACGGCUGAGAUUGAGGAGCGGAUACGGCAGUUCGAGAUCACCAAUCUGGAACCGAACAGCGAAUACGUCAUUUCACUGCGUGCCCGUAACGCCAUUGGUGAUGGAGCUCCAAAGUACGACACGCUGCGUACCCGGGAGGAUGCUCCAAUCGAAGCGCCAACGCCGCUAGAAGUUCCGGUCGGACUACGCGCCAUCCCCAUGUCGGGCACGUCGAUCGUAGUGUACUGGACCGAUACGACGCUCAGCAAAAGCCAGCACGUGUCGGACAAUCGGCACUACGUCGUACGGUACAGUCAGAAUGGUUCUAACCGCUACCGCUAUCACAACACGACCGUUCUGAGCAGUAUGAUUGGCGAUUUGCGACCGAACACCCAGUACGAGUUUGCCGUAAAGGUAGUCAAAGGACACCGCCAAUCAGCCUGGUCCAUGUCGGUACUGAACUCCACCCAGCAAGUUUCACCCGUGUCACCUCCGCGCGAUUUGCAGGUCACUUUCGAUCCACGCAAUCCGCUCACCGCUAUACUGAGCUGGCUCUCACCGCGCCACGUUAGCGGACCGAUUGCAGGGUACCAGGUACUCUACACAACCGACACGACCAAGCGCGAUCGGGAUUGGAAUAUCGAGUCGACGACCGGCGAACACACGUCGGCCGAAAUCAUAAACCUCGAACCACACACGACCUACUACUUCAAGGUGCAAACGCGCCACUCGAAAGGGUUGGGCCCAUUUUCCGCGAUGGUUUCUAUGAAAACGGGUGCCGAGAUCGAUUCGAGUGAGAACCUUACGAUGAAGAAAACGAUCUCAUCCGAGCUUCUGUACGUCAUUUACGGAUUCGCCGUAAUGGGGGUGUUUGCGAUGAUUUUUCUGCUGAUAAUUAAGUGCCGCAACAAGAGCCCCGAAGGUACGCCGGAGCACGCGAAAAAGAGCUAUCAGAAGAACAAUGCGGGAAUCAUUAAGCCGCCCGAUCUGUGGAUUCAUCACGAUCAGAUGGAGCUGAAGAAUAUGGACAAGGCCAAUCACAGUACGACGCCCGGUUCGGUCGAUGGUGGUGCUUCCAGCAGUGGUACGAUGACACUGCCCCGGUCGGUCGGUGGCCACGAUUACGAUAGCGAAACGCCAAUCACACACGUUACCAACUCGCUCGAUAAGCGAAGCUAUGUGCCCGGGUAUAAUGGAAACACGACGUCCCUUAGCUCGACGAUGGAGCGUCCACAGUACCCACGGACACAGUACAGCACAGCCGCCAGACCGCAUAUAGCGAUGGAUCAGCAAACACUUUCGCAGCAGAACCUUCUCCAGCAGCCUCCACAAUUGCCGCCAGCGAAUCCACUCGCCCAGACACCCGAAAACCCGUACACAUACGACAGUAGUUAUAGCCCAAAUGUUACCUACGCCCAAGGUAUAGCGAUAGAUGCCCCGAAACGAGGGCAAGGACACCCGCUGAGAAGCUUCAGCGUACCUGCACCGCCCGCAUCCACACCCAUCAUCAGCGGUCAGGGCAAGCAUGGCACUCCAACGCCAGCAGUCACGAUACGCCCGCAGAACUCAUCGCCCUACAAGAAACCUUCGCUCUCGUCCGGCUCGCUAACGAAUCGGCUGCAAACCGGACCGGUAGUGGCACACUCGAACGACGAAAUCCAGCGACUGGCACCGUCCACCUCGACCGAGGAGCUCAACCAGGAGAUGGCCAAUCUCGAGGGCCUGAUGAAGGAUCUGAGUGCAAUCACGGCGAACGAGUUUGAGUGCUAGAAUGCUGCGGCACCGUUCGGCACGCGGCCUAACGCACGUGCCCCAAAUGCGUGAUCAAAAACUGUUUAGUCAUUAUUAAUUUUAAUUUCGUACGAACGGGCAUUGUAUGGAUGAAUCGUGUAGCGAACGGAACGGUGUGAGUGUGUCGUGUGUGUGAGUGAUCGUAUCGAGUUGAUUGCGACUGAACGUUGUGUCCGUGUAUGGUUAGGCAUUAUUAUUAGUAUUGCAAUUACUUUAAAGCAAACUCUACUACCGAUAAUCGACAAUUCGGUGCAUUGUGUCGUAGCGGUAAUGCAUUGUAUAACUCACAUUAAUUUAUUAAACUAUUACUCUUUAAGUACUAACCCAUCCCCGCCCGCGGUGCAGUACAGCCGUACGGAGAGGAAUUCGCCUAGGGAAAAUAUUUCGCAUGCGAACAAACGAUACGAAAGCAUCAGAUUUAGGCAUAAGUAUAAGGUCGGUAGGCUAGGAGUAAUGUUCGAAUUGUCCUUGCGCACUAUGGUCACUUCGUUUCUACCCCAUCGUACUCCGGUCGCGGAUGCGGCUCUCUCUUUCUUGUAGUUUAGCGAACGAAUAUCCUUCAAAAUGUACAUAAGACUAGAUCGGGAAGGCAGAAAUGAUUUUGUAAACAAUUGUUUGUUCCGUUUUAGCUCAUUUUGCAUUUCUCAACCCGUUGCAAAGGAGAAUGCUAACAUAUUCCAUUUUUCUUUAAGUACAAGCAGACAACGAUUUGGUCCAGAUUGCUUUAUUUUAAAUGUUUAACCGCAAAUCGUUUCAGUAGAAACUUAUCGCAAAAAGAAACCAAACCCGUAAAGGCCCAGUGAGUUUAUUAAAACACUUUUUAUGUGAAGAAACCCAUUUACAAGCUUGUACUUCAGAUAGCUUCGUACGCCGCUAGCCGAGUAAAUGAUAGAGGUAACGUAUAGGAUUAACACAACCAACCAACCAACCCAAAACCUUACAAAAUGGACAACAGGGAUCAAUUUUACAUGCCACUCUCCAUCGUACUCGGUACUACUGCCAUAACGAAAACAAACCAAGUCGGAACUGCCAACAGAGAGUGUUCCGAUCGUUUUAGGGUAAUUCGAUCAUUUCGAAGCCGGUUCCUAUCGCCAUCCAGCUAGAGAUUAGUUUAUGUGUCCUUUUUCUCCCGUGCUUACCACUUGUGUCGGUUGCUUUAGUUUAAAUGUUCCGUUUUGUAACGACAUCAUGCCAUCUUGUCAUCACAUGUAUCUCUCUCUCUCUCACACAGCUUCUUGUAUAAAUCGUAUGUAUUGGCAGCGGGAAGGAAGGAGAGCACUGUACACUAGGGCACAUACUUACAGGCCCCAUUAGCCACCGUCUAUGUGUAAAACCCCCGUUUGUGUGCGUGUAUAGGUGUGUUGUGAAAACCUUUUGAACGUUUUUUACAGAGGCAGCAGUCUGCUGUGGUGGAAACUAGAGAUGGGGGGGGGGAAGAAAGAAAGAGAGAGAGGGAGGGUAGUUUAGUUUAUUUUUAUACACUUACGAAAAUCAAAACAAACAACUGUACAACUCGAAUUGUGUUAGGUUGCAACACACACACUAACAAAAUAUCACGUACCCCGCCUGUACACCACAAUCAUCACACCAAUAAUAGCUAGAGAAUGGAGCAAAUGGAGCCAAUCGUAAUGAAAAUUGUAGUGUGCGUCAACCCGGUUCAAUCACGUACCACAGAAUCGAAUAUCCUUAUCACCAAGACAGCGAAUUUACACGGAACACAUUAUCACACCUUUCUUAGAGGACUUUUAGAGGAUGUAAGUGACGUGUAGUAGCCUCAACUCGCUGUUUAUGCAGAGCCAUCAUCAUCAACUUCUUCUAAUCGUAAACCCACAGCAGGCUUCAUUCAGUAUUCUUUCUGUGUGUAUGCUGUGCGUAGAACACGUAUUAAUCCUAUACAUUUAGCAGGACACGAAGUUAGCUCAUCUACAGUGAGGACCUACGGUUUCUACAGUGUUCAUACCUUUCCCUCUCAUUCCAUUCCAUCCACAAGAGAGAUGGUGUAUCAAGCUUCUGUAACAACACAACGAAAAAUACUUUUGAUGCUAGUCGACUUCCAUAAGGUGUGAGCGUCGUGCAUAGCUCACUAGUGUUUGUUGAUGGCCUCACACUUGAGAUAAAAAUCGCCAAACAGACAUACAUCACCAACAUUGAUUUUUAUUCACCCUCAAAGAAUCACGCGUCAACAGAGCUGGCAAAAUGAAACUGAGAUAUGAGAUUCCUGUUUUUUUUUUUUGCGCUAGAUGUAAGCCCUUCCCUUACCCUCAAUCACAUCUCGAACACAACCACUCAGUGCAAAGAAAAAAAAAACUUAUUACAAAAUAUCAAUGCGCACAACUCGACAAAACUCAAGGACGAUAAAGCGAGCGAAACAGGAGGAGAUCAGCAAAAAAAAAACGCACAAAACUGUGUAUGACAAGUGUGUAAGCCUAAACUGGUAGCAUUUUUUCUAGUAAUACUGUAUUUAUACACGAGUAAAGAAGGCCGAAAAUCGAUAGCAGAAGAACGAGGUAAACUAGAUAUGGAAGAACAGAAGGUAAGGUAACAUUUCAAAAACCAAUUCGACAGUGAAACAAACAAAAAAACAUGAGUAAGAAAAUAAAAUGAAAAGCAUGAUAAAUUAUA